AAAACGUGCAGUGAAGUACAUACAUUUGUAUAUAAAAACACGAGAGCAGAUAUGGUUGUUGUGUAUAUAUAGUACCCGCCAAGAUUGUGUACUUUUUUGGAUGACGAAGAUGUUGCUGCAGAUUGUCUAUAUCUCAUCCCUCUCCCCUGUUUCCCUUUUUGUUUUGAUGAUGGCAACUAACUCACGUGUGCUUUUUGCGAUUUCUUGAGUGAGUAAUGUAAAGGGUUGCCAUCAUGUUGUUUUUGCUUUCGUGCAACGGAAUGGCGUUUUUUGUUUAAAUGCUUUGAAAGACAAAUGAACCGAUUUGAUUUUGCAAGCCAGCAGAUUUGCGAAGGUACAUCAGCUCUGUAGUCGCCUAAACAAAGCUCCUUUUUCUUGCUGUUUACUGUGCUGUGAAAGUGUUUGCGGUGGCCUCGUGUAUAUAAAUCCCAACUGUGUAGCUGCGGUGAACAUUUUUAAAUCGAAGUAUGGACUCACCAACACCGCCAAUUGUCAUCGACGAUCCAAACGGUUCAGCAAUGGAUGCCUGUUUCACUGCUUUCGAUAAGGACGGCGAUGAUCGUUUAAGCUUGAAUGAAUUCUCACUCAUCUGUCGAGCUCUGUUUCGCAAUGACAAAGGACACAUUUACGAAGUACCUGCAGAUCGUUUGGAGCAAAUAUUUGCAGUGUUUGAUUCCAAUGAAGAUGGUUUCAUCGACAGAGAUGAGUUCAAGUUCUGUUGGAAUAAUUGGAUUAAAACGAUUGUACGUCCUGUGAACGCGUUUCUGAUUGUUGAUGUACAAAAUGACUUUAUAAGUGGAUCUCUGGAUAUAAGUAAUUGCAGUGCACAGCAAAAAGGACAUGAGAUCUUGGAGCCUACUAACAAUCUGUUGGACACUGUGGAUUUUGAUGCUGUGUUUUAUUCAUUGGAUUGGCAUCCUAGCGAUCAUGUCUCCUUCAUUGAUAAUGUUAAAAUUAGGCCUUUGGAUGAAAGUUCUCCCAUUGACGCGGAUUCGGCUCAAGUUUUCGAUACGGUUGUAUUUGCUGGACCACCACCAAUGAAGCAACGUCUUUGGCCCCGACAUUGUGUCCAGGAUUCAUGGGGUGCAGAAUUGCACAAAGAUUUGAAAGUUGUGGAAAACGGCAUCAAGGUCUACAAAGGAACAAAUCCUGAAGUUGAUUCCUAUUCUGUGUUUUGGGAUAAUAAGAAACUCUCCGAUACCACUUUGAAUGCCCAACUGAAGAUGAAGGGAGCCACAGAUAUCUAUGUGUGUGGAUUGGCCUAUGAUGUGUGUGUGGGUGCCACUGCUGUCGAUGCCUUAUCUGUAGGCUACAGAACCAUUUUGAUUGACGAUUGCUGCCGUGGUACUGAUAUCCAUGAUAUAGAGCAUACCAAGGAAAAGGUGAUAAGUAACCAUGGGGUUGUUGUCCAUUCCAGUGAGGUGAAAUCUAUGGCUGAAGGUCGUGACCGUCGCCCUGAACUUGGUUAUAAAUUGGCCAUGGAAUUGAAAAAUCCUGAGUCGGUUCUUUCUCAGCGGAAUGGCUACCACUCGGAGGAAUAGGGCACACAUUGUUAUUCUCCACAAAAUCCCACAUCUAACGAUCAUGCUUGCCGCUCUCUCUGACUUCCCUCCACCUCAAUAACGUACCUAUCCCCCAAACAUAUCUUCUAUAGUUUAAAUGUUAAGUUAUCAACCGACAGUUGAUAUCGCCUGGAAGCGGUUAUUGAAAGACAUUUUCUUUGUUAACCACAAGGCAGACAGUUCACAUCCCAGUGAAAUUGCGCCUUAUAUACACGUUUUUAUUUCAAACCUUUUAGUCGCAUUUACAACUAGUGCACUUGGCUAUGUUACCUGUUUAAGUUUAUCAGUUAUUUUUGGCAAUGGAAAACAAAUGUAAUUUUAGUCAUUUCGAAUAUUUAAAUAAAUGAUAUUUACUUAACAACCAACCAA